AUGAUUUACUUUGUUCCUCGACGGCUACCGGUUGUAUCAACUUUUUUAGGCAUUGACUAUUUUAGCGCAACAUUCAAAGACUUUUCUGCGGAACAUGAUGGGAUUAGUGUAAAAAUAGAUAAUGUUGACAAUUGUUCAGGCGACGUGGAUCUGAGCAACCGAAAGGGAAAGAUUAUAACUAUUUAUGACAUUCAAUUGGAUUUAGGAUGGUCUGGUAUCUCACCUGAUGGCACAGAGGCCAAAGGAACGAUCAAUAUACCAGAAGUGGCUCACGAUACCGAACCGGAUGAUUUUGUGGCAAGUCUCUAUUACUAUUUUUUUGAUAUUUCAGUGGAUGAUGAAAAUAAAUUCAAAGAGCCCAUCAAAGAUGUUGUUCGUCAACAUUUAGUUCCAAGAAUUCGGGAAAUAUUACAGAAUUUCACUAAGGAUCUUGUUGAAAAUAAUAGCAAGGAUGUUUAUAUUGAACCUUCACAACUUGGUGCUGCAACUCCUCCAAGAGCUGCAACUCCAGUUACUGCAGCAACAGUAGGAUCUGCUUCAACUGAAACCGAAACUAAGACUACAACUACCACGUCCACUAAAUUAACUGUAAACGUUGCCAAAUUGACAGAGUCGAUCGAGUUUCAAACCUCAGCAGAUCAAAUCUACGAAGCAUAUCUCGAUCCUAAUCGUGUUGCUAUUUGGGCAAGAGCAAAACCUGAAUUGGCUCGGCAUGUUGGUGGUGCUUUUAGUUUAUUUGGUGGAAAUAUUACCGGUGUCUUUACUGAACUGAUUCCAAAUCAAAGAAUCGCUCAAACCUGGAGAUUAACAACGUGGCCCGAAGGACAUUAUUCGAAUGUCGUCCUACAGUUUGAUCAGAAAAGCGACUCUACUACCGUGCACGUAACACACGAUGGAGUCCCAGUGGGUGAGGAAGAAAUUGUUCGACGUAAUUGGCAAAACUAUUACUGGAAUCCGAUUAAAAGCGUUUUCGGACCUAAACAUAAAAGUCAUAAAAAUAGUAAAGAAUCGGGGGGUGGUGGUGCUUUCGGUUUUGGUGUUACUGUAGCAAUGGUACUGACCGCAGUUGUUUUGGGAUUUGUGUUUUCUACGCGUUCUACUUCUGCAUCUUCCACCACAUCAUCAUCUUUGUAG